CGAAUAUGUGAAAGAAUGCGCGAGGGGUGGAGUUCUGCUCUUUUACUUUCCUCUCCACACAGUGCGUGCAGACAGAGAUCUCACCGCUGUCAGAAGUCGCGCACCUGUACUCUUCCUUGAGGUUUUCAUUUAGCAAACCAAACCAAACCCUUUAUGUUGUCUUCUUUUUUUUCUUACAACAUUGCUGAUUUCUUAUUUUGAGCGCAUAACAGGGCAUCCGCGAAGCACCAGCACAAACGCUGACUCUCUGUCACCCUGCUGCGGUCCUGCGCGCGCCCGCGCACGCGCCUCGCUGGAGCUGGGAGAUUUCAGUAAGCACCACAGGACCCAGAACUGCAAAACUGUUUGAAGUAGAGAGCUUCCUCUUGUCCCACGCGCCCAUGGAAUGCGACGUUAUGGAUAAACUAGAGGACAUGGCCUCAGUGUGCGAGUUCGACCCUAUCACGGGGAGUAUUCCCGCCACCAAAGUGGAGAUCACCGUCUCGUGCAGAAAUCUGUUAGAUCGAGACACAUUCUCCAAGUCUGAUCCUUUGUGUGUUCUGUACACUCAGGGAGUGGAGUCUAAGCAGUGGCGUGAGUUUGGGAGAACUGAAGUCAUUGACAACACCCUGAAUCCAGACUUUGUGAGAAAGUACAUCCUGGACUAUUUCUUUGAGGAGAAGCAGAAUCUGCGCUUUGACAUAUAUGACAUUGAUUCCAAAAGUCCUGAUCUAGCCAAACAUCCCUCCGAUUUCAACGACUUCCUGGGUCAGACCUUCUGCACUCUGGGUGAGAUAGUUGGUUCACCAGGCAGUCAUCUGGAAAAGCCUUUGGGUGGCAUCCCUGGGAAGAAUUGUGGAACCAUUAUUCUCACUGCAGAGGAACUCGGAAACUGUCGGGACUGUGCAACAAUGCAGUUCUGUGCCAAUAAGCUGGAUAAGAAAGACUUCUUUGGCCGCUCUGACCCGUUUAUGAUGUUCUACAGAAGUAAUGAGGAUGGAACGUUCACUAUCUGCCAUAAAACUGAGGUGGUAAAGAAUACGCUGAACCCUGUCUGGCAGCCAUUCACCAUUCCUGUCAGAGCACUGUGCAACGGAGAUUAUGACAGGUCAAUUAAAGUGGAGGUGUACGACUGGGACAGAGAUGGCAGUCACGAUUUUAUCGGAGAGUUCACCACCAGCUACAGAGAGCUGUCUCGCGGCCAGAGUCAGUUCAACGUGUACGAGGUGGUGAAUCCUAAAAAGAAACUUAAAAAGAGAAGAUACAUCAACUCUGGCACAGUGACACUGCUUUCAUUCUUGGUGGAAGCCGAACACACGUUCCUGGACUACAUCAAAGCAGGCACUCAGAUCCAUUUCACAGUGGCCAUUGAUUUCACUGCGUCGAAUGGGAACCCUUCUCAGUCUACCUCCCUGCAUUACAUGAACCCCUAUCAGAUGAACGCAUACGCCAUGGCAUUGAAGGCCGUGGGAGAGAUCAUUCAGGACUAUGACAGCGAUAAGAUGUUUCCUGCAUUGGGCUUCGGAGCCAAAAUUCCUCCUGAUGGCCGGGUUUCCCAUGAAUUUCCCCUGAAUGGUAAUGUAGAUAACCCAUACUGCAAUGGGAUGGAGGGCAUCCUAGAGGCCUACCACGAGAGUCUGAAGACUGUCCAGCUCUACGGACCCACCAAUUUUGCUCCUGUCAUCAACCAUGUAGCAAGAUAUGCUGCAGCAGUUCAAGACGGCUCACAGUACUUUGUGCUUCUCAUCAUCACAGAUGGUGUGAUAUCAGAUAUGGCUCAGACUAAAGAAGCCAUCGUCAAUGCAGCAAAAUUACCUAUGUCCAUCAUUAUUGUUGGAGUUGGCCAAGCUGAAUUUGAUGCCAUGGUAGAACUGGACGGUGACGAUGUAAGAAUAUCCUCCAGAGGAAAGCUGGCAGAGAGGGAUAUUGUACAGUUCGUACCAUUCAGAGACUACAUGGACAGGACGGGAAACCAUGUCCUGAGUAUGGCACGGCUUGCCAAGGAUGUCCUGGCCGAGAUCCCAGAUCAGUUAAUCUUAUAUAUGAAGUCAAGGGGCAUCAAGCCGAACCAGACACCACCAGACUACAGCCCACCUGGGCUCAGCCCAACCCCCACCGUAUGAGUUUAUCCAGCCUGCUGAAAGAAAACAGGCGAUGUUAUGUCACCACCGAUCUGGAUCUCAUUCAAAGCCAGUACAACUGAUUCAGUGUGAGGCAUCUAGGAAAGCGGAUGGUUUCAAUCCCCAGUUUUUUUGGAUCUAAUACACUGGAGAAAUUGAAAACUUUGUGUUCUGGAGUUUGAACUGUAAAGGACGGUUCUAAUAGGUUUGUGAGUUUGUUUCCACCCUCAUAAUUUCUUUACAAAUUAGCCAACACUAUGAAAAUGUAUAGUUUGGAUCAGUCUCAUUCAGAUUCAUACGUCCAACUGUGCUUAAUAUAUGGAGAAGAUCUGCGCAAGCAAUGCAAUUUUCUGCUUAUUUAAUAUCUCUAGCAUCUCAACAUCUAAAAACGCUAUAACACGUCAGCAUGGGAGGACUGUGUAUUAUAUUAGGAAAAUCUUCCUCAUAUCCACCAGAGGAGGUAAACAAGAGCAUCACUAGAAAGUGUGAUUUAAAGAUAAUAGUGAAAUUGUAAGUGGUUGUUUGAAAUAUUAUACCCUGAAUGGGUCAUUUGUUUAGUGAAACUGUUUGAUUUGUUUCUAGAAUUUGUAGAUGGUUUGUUUUAUGGUGGUUUUAUUUUUCCACAGGGUUUUGAGGAAAGUCUUUUUAGUACAAAGUAAUAUUUCCCACUGCGGUUUCCCAUUCAUAGCUUUUAAGAGCUAUGAUAAACAAGAUUUUCUAUCCUUAAGCAUGAAAUCCAGGUAAAACCAAUUGUACAUUGCAUUAAUACAUUGUAUUAAAUGUAUUUACAUACUUUAGAUGAAAUCAGUUAAGAAAAAUCCAGUGUAAAAGUGAAAAGCACAAAUAUUUUCUUAAAUCUGUAAAAUUUGUAAAUGUUAAUAAGUGGUCACAGAUUCAGAUUCAUUACACUGUAAACAGACUGAAAUUUCAGUCACAAUUAGCUCUCAAGAACACCAAAUUUAAUUUCCAGCACAGUUUAAUUUGUCCCUCCAAUUCCUUGCUCUGGAGCUGGUAUAUCUUGAUAUUGUACAGCAGCUCCUCAGUCACGUGAGCUAUCAGGGGAAACAUGAGAGAUUCCUCAUCGCUCGCUGCUAAAGAUGAUUGGGGAUGAGGCAGUGUCUGCUGUUUUUCAGCAGCUCCCCGUGUCCAGCUUGAACCUUUGCCCUCUCAUUUCCGGGAUUCUCGGUGGAGUUUAAAACACUUUUCUAUUCUUCACCCUGGCAGGAAUUAUUUUACCGCUUUCAAAAGAUGAAAGACACAUUGCAUGCAGCUGAAAUUGCAUUACCCACAGUGCAAACAUAAUGCCAUUUUGUUUAAAUGUUCUACCUUUGAAUCAUUUAUAGCAUUGGCAUACUGACAGGAUAAGCACUGAACACAAUUAAUUUAAUAAACUUGCCUUACAUGCAGUAAGUUUACAUUAAAGGUUGAUAGCAAGCAUUAAAUAGAAACAGUAUUUUAUAUGCAGUAUUAUUACUAAGGAAGCGCAUAUUGAUUUCCUUUCUAAUUUUACAACCGUAAAAGGUUUAAAAUAUUCAGUUAAGUCUCAAAAAAUGUUAACUAUAAGAUUUACUCAUUUAGAAUACAUAGCCUUGUAUACAGCCUCUUUUGUCUGAGGUCCAUUUUGAAAAUGAAUAAUAAUCACUAUUCUCAGACAAAUCUGUAUGUAUCAGUAAAUACUGACUGUCUUGCUUUUUUUGGACAGCAGGGCCGUUUAUACUUGUUCUUACCCACAGUUUUGAUAAAUUUUCUCCUUGUCCAGUAAAUUUUGGCAUCUCUGCUUGUUUGUCCCAAGUUGUACCAGUGUUUUAGUUU